AUGAACCGGGAGAGUUUCGCGGCCGGGGAGAGGCUAGUGUCGCCGGCGUACGUGCGGCAGGGCUGUGAGGCCCGCCGCUCGCACGAGCACCUCAUACGGCUGCUUCUGGAGAAGGGCAAAUGUCCAGAGGACGGUUGGGAUGAAAGCACACUCGAACUCUUCCUGCAUGAACUCGCAAUCAUGGAUAGCAACAAUUUCCUGGGCAAUUGCGGAGUGGGAGAAAGGGAAGGGAGAGUGGCGUCGGCAUUAGUUGCUCGGCGUCAUUACAGGUUCAUUCAUGGAAUUGGACGAUCAGGUGACAUUUCUGCUGUGCAACCAAAAGCUGCGGGUUCUAGCCUUUUGAACAAAAUUACCAAUUCUUUGGUCCUGGACAUCAUAAAAAUAGCUGGUGUCCAUACAGUGACCAGUUGCUUUGUAGUGCCUAUGGCAACUGGUAUGAGUCUAACUCUGUGUUUCUUAACAUUACGACACAGAAGACCAAAGGCAAAGUAUAUUAUUUGGCCACGAAUAGACCAGAAGUCCUGCUUUAAGUCCAUGAUCACUGCAGGUUUUGAGCCUGUGGUGAUAGAAAAUGUUUUAGAAGGCGACGAGCUGCGCACGGACCUGAAUGCGGUGGAAGCUAAAGUCGAGGAACUUGGGCCGGAUAAUGUGCUGUGCGUUCAUUCCACUACAUCCUGUUUUGCUCCCCGAGUGCCUGACAGGUUAGAAGAACUGGCUGUGAUUUGUGCUAAUUAUGGCAUUCCACAUGUAGUCAACAAUGCUUAUGGACUGCAGUCUUCAAAGUGUAUGCACCUCAUUCAGCAGGCAGCCCGGGUUGGUAGAAUAGACGCUUUUGUUCAGAGCUUGGACAAAAAUUUUAUGGUUCCAGUAGGUGGCGCUAUAAUUGCUGGCUUUAAUGAUUCUUUCAUUCAGGAAAUCAGCAAGAUGUAUCCAGGAAGAGCCUCAGCUUCACCUUCUUUAGAUGUUCUUAUUACUUUAUUAUCACUUGGAUCAAAUGGCUAUAAGAAGCUUUUAAAAGAAAGAAAGGAAAUGUUUUCAUAUUUGUCCAUCCAACUAAAGAAGCUGUCAGAAGCCUAUAAUGAAAGACUGUUGCAUACACCUCAAAAUCCCAUAUCUUUAGCAGUGACACUUAAGACACUGGAUGAACACUGCGACAAAGCUGUCACUCAGCUGGGCUCAAUGCUUUUUACCAGACAGGUUUCUGGAGCCAGAGUUGUGCCUCUUGGGUCUGUGCAAACCGUGAAUGGCUACACUUUCAGAGGCUUCAUGUCGCAUACUGAUAAUUACCCAUGUGCUUACCUCAACGCUGCAUCUGCCAUUGGGAUGAAGAUCCAGGAUGUGGACUUGUUCAUACAGAGACUUGACAAGUGUUUAAAGACCAUCAGAAAAGAACAGAACAGAGAGAGUGAUGUGUCUGGAAUGGACAGCAGUGACAAAACUGAAGAUGUGGAUGUUGAAGUACUCUAAAAGUAGUAGUGGAAUUCUUGACACAUAGCAGGAUCCUUCCUCCUGACCUGGGAAGAGGUUCUUCAUGAUAAUUUGAAAGAAGUGAUGUGGCAACAGUACAGGCAAGCAGUUUGAAGACAAGACGUGAGAUACUCGGAUUGAGGAUGCCAUGGAACAUGUUUGGUCAGGGAAUAGAAUAUGGUCUGAUUGGCCAUUGAUGAUUGUUACAUUUCUUACUCUUACACUGCCUGAGUCAUUGUGAUCCUUAACAUAUUAUAAUAUACAAUUAGCAUUUUUCUAAUUGUGAGAAUAUUUGUCAAUUAAGCAUUAUGAUUCAGAUAAUUCUUACUAAUGUGAGGGCAGUGUAAUUACCACAGUACGCUUUGAAAUGUGUAGACUGCUUUUUUUCUAACCAUCUCUGCUGUUCACAGACUCCUUAUGCUUCUGAUCACACUGAAUUCAGAGGAUCUCUAACGCUACUCAGUACUAGAUGUUUGUCGAUACAUGUAAGUCACAGUAUGCCUGUAAAAUGGGAAGCAGAGUCAAGGCGUAAGCUGUAAUUUUCUCCCAGUAGCAGUGGUUCUCAACAGGGGAUGAUUUGCUUAUAUCUAGGCAAUAUCUGGGACAUUUCUGGUUGUUUUGACUGGUGGGAUGUUACUGGUAUCUAACGUCUCUCAGUGGACCAGACAACUUCCCAAAACAAAGAGUUACUCAGCCCCAAAUUUCAGCUGUACUGAGGUUGAGAAACACUGCUCUGAAGUCAUUGAACUCCUCAAGGAACGAGUUUUCCAUAGCAACUUUAAUUACUCAAUAAUGCUUCAAAGAAGAUAGCUCUGUAAUGUCAUCACAGUAUAUGGUGUAGACUUCUGAGUAAUAGGCAGGGUUACCAAUUCUAAAUAUGUAAUUAUAAAUUGUUUUAUAUGGCACUUAUGUAUUUUUCCAUUUGGGCAAGUGAAAACUUUAAUUCCAUUGUUUUUGUUUUGGGCAGACUUUGUGUAUAGUAUGAUAAACAGGUGUAAUCCCUCUCCCUCCCACAUGCUCACCCUUUGAGUCUGAAAUUCCAGAAUUAUUGGCUGUAACAAUUGUUUUGUGGUUAACUUUAAGAAAUAGACUGAUGUCUCAUAGUCUAAGGAAUUAGUGAAGCUGUGUUUUCUAAGACCUGCUCUAUAAAACAUUAUUCCUAAGAAGUGCUCAUACAGAUAAAAGAUUCUGUGGACAGAUAGUUUGGGGACUUCGAAAACUUGCCUAUUGGCAUAUUAAAGGCUCUAAGAAUUCCUUUGAAAUCAGUUUGAAUGUACCCUUAUUUGAAGACUUAACAUGCAUUGACCACAUUACAGGAGGGAAUCCUGCCUUCAUUUCUGGGUUGUUUUUUUCCUAUUGAUCUGGCGGUGUGAGCUGUUAAACAUGAGCUCAGACGACACUGCUCCUGCUCAGGGAAGUCAGAGCCCUUCAGACACUGGCAUGAUGAGAACCUUGGAAGUCAAGACUCGAAAUAAAAUACCUUAUUAUAAGUGUCGUAAAGGUUACUUUUAAAUGAAUCUUUGGGGUUCACAUACUUUAUCUGUUUUUAAAAACAGUUUUAAUCAUUUUACAGGAAUAAAUCCUGGAUCAAAAGUUGUGCAAUGUUUUCUAUGUGAAUUUGGGACUGAACUGUAGAACCGAUAAAGCUGAAAAGUCCCCACAGAACCUCUAGAGUCCACGAAAGGGGAUGGAGGGCCGUGGCCAGUGUAACUGCUGGCAGUGCACUGACUCUCCAGGUGAGCCAGGACUGGUUUACAGGGCAGGCACUCUGUGCUGUGUGAUGUCAUUCAGCUGAGGAAAGGCCAGAGCCGAGAGACUAGCACAUGUCGUGUAUCAGCAGUUCUUGGGCCUCAGCUGCUGAACAGAUAAUAAUUCUAAUUGAAGAUAAAUUACAUGAACCCACAUGUGCAUGAUGGAUAUGUUACAAUGUUUUACUCCUGGUCCAUGAAAUCAGCUGCAGUUUUUAUUGUUAGUGCUUUCUUUUCAGAGGUUUUGGAAUUCCAGUUCUAUUCCUGCUGGUUUAAAUUUGACCUUGAGAUUAUAGAAUUCCUGAGUUCUUGAAGGGAUGUCACAGGUUCCGUAUAUUCAGGCUUUCCUUUGCCCCCACACUGAUGUUGUUUUCCCGUGUUCACUCCCAUAUCCACAUAGAAGUAUAAGAAAGUGUGUACAGACAGUUGUUUAUUUCAAAGCUAGCACUGAGGGUUACUGGUAACCUUGACUGUCCUGGAACUGUGGCAGACGGCGGUGGACAGUACAUUUCCAGUCGGCUGAGAUGACCUCUUCCAUCUUUAUGGUCCGCCUCCUCUUCCCUCUGGCUGUCAGGUAGAGUUUUGAAGUUUGGUUUCUAAAGCCAUCGGGCCAUGGUAGUGGGCCCAGAAAAGAAAAUUGAAUAACACAAAAUAUCGUUUAGGUCGUUACACGUUGUGUUCCUUACGCACAGCAGGGAAAGGAAUUUUAAAUCCAGCCCUCCGUUCGGCUCUGGUGUUCUCUGCUGAUGAAUUCUCACUCUGUCGGGAUGAUAUGUGAUACCAGCCUUGGGAACUCAGUGUUCAACAGUCAGUCUUUCUAUUUAGCUUUUUCUAUUAGUUGAAUAAAAUUAUAGAAUGUGAAUUAUUGAAUACAGUUCUGUUUAACCAAUAGGCACUUGAUAUACAAAAUAGUAAAUUUUAAUAUAAGUUUUUUCAAUAUUUUACCUUUGCAUGUAACUCUACUGUGGCUGUUUCUGUAACCCCCCCCCCAUAAGAAGAACUUGAACGAUGCUGAAGCUACAGGAUGUGCUUUUGCUUUUAGAUACAUGCCUUGGGUAGGUUUUAGUGAAAUUUAAAUUAAAAGUAAAUUAAAAAAAUUAAUUGAGCAAAGGUAAUUUUUUUUAGCCAGUGACGUGGCUUUAAUAUUGAAUUAGUAGCUCACUUGAGAGUUAAAUUCUUGUGUUCUUUCAUGGAGGAAGGUAGCCAACAAUCGACAAAAAUGAUAAACACCAGUGAGUCUCAUUCUUAUUACAGGCAGAAAUUUUUCUGAAUACGUGUCCACUCGCUGCAUAUAAUAGCUGGGUUUCUUUUCCAUUUUCUAAGACGUGCUGAUUUCUGCCAACCCCUUAAAUGGUUUUGUUCUCUUGUGCUUUUUGUAAGACCAAUCUUAUUUUGUAAUUAAAAACUAAUCCAGUUUAUGUACACAGAUGUUUGAUACCCUCUGAAUAAUUUGAUAAGAACAAUUGGAUUGCUUUGUUAGGGAAAAACAAACAAAAAACCUGUAAACUUUUUUUUUCUUGUCUGUUGCAUUGAUGAUAUGUCUUUUAUGGCUACUUAUAAUAUACAGGGCUAAGACUUACCCACUGUAUUCUUUUGUGCUUUUUUUUAACUUCCCUGUUUCUUUUGGCCAUUAUGGUAUAUAUACAUGAAAGGUGAUGAUGAGUUCAAGGCUAAUGAAUAUAUCUUUAUAAUUUUCCACCCAAUAUUCUACAGUUCAGUCUAAGGCCUUGGACAAAAUGGAAAUGUUUAUACUGGAUUGUUUUUUCAAGUAGUUUCAGCUUGAACUUGUAGAGAAAUGUGAAGAAAAGCUCUGUUUAACUGUGUAAUUGUGGGAAUUUUAGUCAUUAGAAUUAAAAUUGACACUAACCUGCUAACAUAUUUGUUUACCAAAAAAGAAAGAUGUUUCCAAAAAUAUUUUUGGUAUAGACUGUUUGAAAAUGAAUUCUAUAAUUUAUUACAUGAAAUAAAUUUUUAAUAAAUCAUUGACUGUACAUUAUAUUUUACCUAGUCUUGCUAUAGAUGAAAUCUGAAAGUACAGGUAACACAAAAUUACUUGCCUAGUUUUGAUUCAGUCAUCAGUAUCACCUUGCCUAGAUUCCAGCAAGAAAAGUCAUAUGUACCUAUAAUGAGAACAUGAAUCAUAGCGGGUAGAGGGUGGUUAGAGUAGUUUGUAAAAAAAAAUGGAAAGAGUUGACAUUCCAGCAACCAUUUUGUAAAGGGUCUAUUGACUAUAUAAAGUUGGAGGCUUAGAAGUUAAUGUUUUCUAAAAGAAGCACUUUAUCUUUUAUU